CGAGAGAGGGGGAGCGCGAGAGCGAGAGCGCAAUCGGUCGGAAAUCACUUCACUCUCACAUAGGUUAUCCACAGUAUACACGCGCGGCGAGCUGCGGCAAGAGCGCGAGCCCCGGUGUCCCCAGUAAUACUGAAUGGUGAACUGAUGUUGAGAGCACGCGUACUGGACACUACCGGACAUAGUCUUGGAAGAUUUUCUCUGUUUUCACUCUUACGCACAGACAGUAGUUGACUGAAGGUUGAAGUUUUUGGAGGAUGUUGUCCUGUGGAAUUGGAGGUUUCGGGAUGCUGUGAACCCUGUCCGGAGUAGCGCUGUUUCGGGGUUUCCUUUCGUGCGCAUGGAGAGAACACUUCUCUCUGAUGUGUGUAACCACCAUCAGCCAAGUUGCGCGCUCUUAUUUUCUUGACGUGACACUUUUCGCUACCGUUCUAAAGGACCCUUUGUGUUAAAAAUAGGAUUUUUUUAACGAAAACGAAGAGAGCUGACAGCGGAAAAGGGUGCUGUUUUGUAUCAACAGGAUUGCGGUGGUGCUGAAUUUUGGAUAUCCAAAGCGCUUGAUUUGUGGCGUGCAAAGGGAAAGCGGCUCCCGGUCCGACUCCGUCGGCCAAGACUAGCCUACAUCUAAGAGGAGUAACUAUACGUUAAGCAACAGACAGAUGUUGUGCCAGAGUGCCAAUAAGAUGUGGUCAAGGUGGAGUGCCAUGCUAGUGUGGAUUUUCCUUCUUCUCUGUUAUUCUGCAAAUGUCGUCAGCACCAUUAUCUACCAGGUAACCGAGGAGCAGCCGCCUAACACACUGAUUGGCAGCUUGGCAUCUGACCAGGGCUUGCCAGACACUGGCCACCUUUACAAGCUUGAGGUGGGUGCUCCUUACCUCCGUGUGGAUGGCAAAACAGGGGAUAUCUACACCACAGAGACCCCGAUCGAUCGUGAGACUCUCAAGGACUGCCGCAACCUUUUCGAGGGCGAUCCUUGUUUCUUAGAAUUUGAGGUAUCUAUUACAGACCUGAUGAAAGGCACAGGACCUCGGCUCAUCGAAGGCCGCAUUGAGAUCUUGGAUGAGAACGACAACACUCCACAGUUCUCUUCACCUGUCUUGACAUUGUCGAUCCCAGAGAACACGCACGUCGGUGCGCUUUUUGCCAUACCUCUGGCCACCGACAAGGAUUCUGGAAGCAAUGGCAUCGCCGAUUAUGCCCUAACGACUGGCCCUGAAGCUGCCAACCUUUUCAGCCUGCAGGUGGCACAAGACUCAGAUGAGAAAUUGCCACAACUCAUUGUAUUGGGAAACCUGGAUAGAGAGCAGCGAGAUUCAUAUGACCUCAACAUAAAAGUGAUCGAUGGUGGCUCUCCACCCCGCCAGAGUAGUGCCCUGCUCAGGAUCACCAUCACAGAUGCCAAUGACAACGUGCCUAAAUUUGAGAAGUCACAUUAUGAGGGUGAGCUCCCAGAAAACAGUCCAGUGGGUCAUACGGUUCUACAAGUGAAGGCCAAUGACUCCGACAUGGGACCCAAUGGAGAGGUGACCUACAGCCUCCACCAGGCAUCAUCGAAUGUCCAGAGACUCCUUAGCAUUGACCGCAACACAGGCACCAUUUUCGUCAAAGGCUUGGUGGAUCGUGAAGACAUCAGCAUGCUCAAGUUCUAUGUCCAAGCUAAAGACAAUGGUCCACAGGCGAAGAGCUCCAAAGCCCAUGUGACUAUUACAGUGAAGGACCAGAAUGACAAUGCACCCUCAAUCAGAAUCCGGGGUAUUGGCCUUGUGACACAUGAAGAUGGUGUCGCUAACAUAUCGGAGGACAUGCCUGUAGGCACAGCUGUGGCUCUGGUGGAGGUAUCAGAUCGUGAUGAAGGUGAAAAUGCAGUUGUAACCUGUGUGGUGGCAGGGGAUGUCCCAUUCCAGCUACGUUCAGCUAGUGAAACAGGCAACGACCGCAAGAGGAAGUACUUCCUUGAGACAACCAUGCUGUUGGACUACGAGCGGAUCAAAGACUACAGGAUUGAAAUUGUGGCAGUGGACUCUGGCAACCCUGCACUAUCCAGCACAAAUUCCCUGAAGGUGCAAGUGACAGACAUGAAUGACAACUCCCCGAUCUUUUCGCCCUUUUUGUACGAGGUAGAAUUUGCUGAAGAGAACCAGCCAGGUGACAAGGUUCUGGAUGUGGUAGCCACGGAUGCCGACAGUGGGACUAAUGCGGAACUGACAUACAGUAUCACUGGUGGAUCACUCCCCAAAGGGCUAUUUGAAAUUAACCCUAACACAGGAGAAGUGCGUGUCAUGAGCCAGUUGGACCGUGAACAAUUAGAUCUUUAUCAAUUUCUAGUCGCAGCAGCUGAUAAAGGUGUACCAAGCUUGAGAGGAACUGCCACUGUUGUUGUUAAGGUGCUCGACAGGAAUGACAAUGACCCUAAAUUUAUGCUCAAUGGUUACAGCUUUUCAGUCCAAGAAAACAUGCCACCCCUUAGUCCUGUUGGAAUGGUAACAGUCAACGAUCGUGACGAGGGUGACAAUGCUCAUGUUGAACUCUCUGUAGAACCAGACAAUGGCAAGUUUAUGAUUCAAAAUGGAACAUACACCAUACUUUCAACUAUUUCCUUCGACAGAGAAAGGGAGAACACCUACAGUUUCCGACUUAAAGCUGUUGAUGGAGGUGAUCCACCACGUUCCUCCUAUGUUGGUAUUACCAUUAAUGUUCUUGAUGAGAAUGACAAUGCUCCAUAUGUCACUAAGCCCUCAAACUCUUCAUACAAGUUCUUGGAUCCCCGCACCAGCCCAGAAACCCAUGUAGAACGUGUUGAGGCAGAGGACAUGGACAUCGGUUUAAAUUCGGAGAUGGAGUUCAGUAUUGUAGGUGGCAACCCUCAUGGCUUGUUCCGGAUCUCUUCAGAAGGUGAGAUUACAUUGGCUAAAGAGUUCACAUCCAAACAUAUUGGUCUCCAUCGUCUGGUAGUAAAAGUUAAGGACAAAGGCGCGCCACCACGCCAUACGACCGCACUGGUUCACAUUUAUGUCAAUGAGACCAUCGGCAAUGUCUCCCAUGUCGAAGGACUUGUUGGACACAGUCUUUAUACACCACUUGAAAUGGACAUUGCGGGAGAUCCCGAUUAUUCUCGAGACCAGCAAAGUAACAUUAUUUUUGCAGUCUUGGGUGGCUUUUGUGUGGUAGUUCUAAUCAUUGCAGUGGCUAUGAUCAUCAGGCACAUCAUGCUGAAGGAAAAUAAAAGUGGCUACCAGGCAGGCAAGAAGGAGACCAAAGACCUAUAUGCCCCCAAACCAGGACCUAAGAGCAACAAGAACAAGAAGGCAAAGAAAAGCAAAGCUCCAAAGCCUGCCAAUCCAUCUGAGGAGGAUGAGGGGGGGAGUCUCCAGAAAGGCCUAAAGUUCAACCUCAUGAAUGAUAGCGUCAACGAUAGCCCUAGGAUUCACCUGCCGCUCAACUACCCCCCUGGGAGCCCAGACCUGGGGCGACACUAUCGGUCUAAUUCUCCUCUGCCAUCCAUUCAGCUCCAACCUCAGUCACCUUCUGCCUCAAAGAAACACCAGGCAGUGCAGGACCUGCCGGCCACCAAUACCUUUGUAGGAACCGGGGACAACAACUCAACAGGCUCAGACCAGUAUUCGGAUUACAGCUACAAGGCCAACUCUUCAAAAUAUAGCACCAAACAGCUCCCACAUCGCCGAGUGACCUUCUCCACAGCCAAUCAGGCGCAAGAUCUGCAGGAUCCCUCUCAGCACAGUUACUACGACAGCGGUCUGGAAGAGUCAGAGACACCCAGCAGUAAGAGUUCUUCAGGGCCCCGUAUCGGGCCCCUCGCCCUACCUGAAGACCACUAUGAACGCACUACCCCGGACGGCAGCAUCGGAGAGAUGGAACACCCCGAGAACGGUGCUGUAACGGGCGUUGACCAAGAGAAGGGGGCCGGCCAAAAAAGACUGCCUUAAACAUUCUUCUUUUUCCAAAAUAUUUUUUUCUUUUUUUGCUCCGCGGGAGAGCUUGCCUCUUGUCACAGAUUGCCAUAACACAUAUCUCUUCAUCUCUGAAAUAUAUAGAACUGCCUUUUUUUCACACAUAAACAAUAAGAAAACUCAAAUGGACAAAGUCGGAAAGGAAAAGCAGACUGAAAAUGGGCGUCUGUCCUCUGAUGUUUAUCACCCCCAACCCUGACGUUUUUUCCUCCGUAGCUUUUUGGGAGCGGAUAUCUAAGGACACUGCAAGGAAUUUGGACUAAUGGAUUUGUGAUAUACCGUUUUUGCCUCUCCUCUGCUGUGCAAUUCUUCCCUUUGCUAUGAACUCUUUUGUAUGGACUUGCCCUACUCCUUUCUGCUCCUGUUCCCUUUGAACCCCUUUGGAGUCUUACUAUCAUUGCAAUCACCCGGGGUUUGGUAGGUAUGUCUUUCCUCUGUCCCUCUCUCUCCUCUUCAAUAGCCUCUCCUCUUUUUUCUCCUCUCUAUCUCUUUUUCACUGCCACAGCCGGACCCAUUCACAUUCAUUGACAAAUCACUUAAGAGAACUUAAAAGCUCUUCUAUAAUGCACUCUGACCUCUUAUCAAAUACAGCAACAGUAUUCUUCUCCCAUAACUCAUAGUCUUUCUCAUCUCGCACCAUAAAAAAAACGAGGGGAAGUUUUAUGAGAAAGGGAAAAGAAUGCUUUGCAGUCUAGUCAAAUGAAGACUUUGCACUUCACUUCAAUUUUUUCCCACUCUUUCUCAUUCUUGUCUCCUUUCCAAAAGACCCCUAAGUUAAAAGAAGCAAGAGCAAAAAUUUCUUAGAUGAGAACAUUAGCUCCGUUUUGGCUCCUUCAGACGUGUGCAUUCACAAACCCAAAUGGAGCUUAGUGCCAUAAAGUGUCAGCCAGUCGUGUUUGUUAAUUAGAUUGGGUGACUGCAACUCCAUUCCAGUCUCUUUCUCUCUUUUUUUCUCUCUGUCUCUCGCUCUGAAGGCAAUGAUGUCUUCACCUAACACCAAUGACUGUGCCACAAUAAACACAGACACCAAAUACACGUUUGCCUUUGAACUGAGAACACGUAUUAAUGUGAAUAUUGUAGAUAUUGACAUUCCCCGGUGUCUACUUGGGGAACAUGUGUAAAUAUGUAACUAGCUUUGAAUUAUAUUUAUCAAACAUAUAUAAAUAAAUAAAUAUAUGGUAGACCUGACAGUAUGUCCGUAAUGUGAAAACUUAUUUUAUGGUCAGAUAUGGGAAUUUACUUCUCUGUGACAAUGAUUACAAAAGCAGUAGAUGGGGAAGCUAGAUUAAUGUCAUGAGUCAUUUACUUACAUUAAGCCAGUAAUAGAGAUUCUGUCUGCUCUGCAGACAGUCUAGCAGAAAGUGCUGUUCUUGUGAAUGUACUUUGUAUUCAGCCAUUUUUAGUACAAUAAAUGGACUUAUCAACAUC